CAACCAGAGUGAAAAUAAUCAUCAUAUUGUACGGUGGAAUUUACAACGCAACGCAAUUGAAAAUCUCAAAAAAGGAUUAAAGGAUUCUUCUUUAUUCUUCGAUUAAAACUCAUUGAGACAUUGAGAAAAACCCUAUUGAGGUUCAGAACAAAAAUAUGUUCAAAGCAAAAACAUUAAGUAGGCAAAACCAUUAUUACAAUUGCCUCUCAAUUCACAACUACAACUAUCCAUGUCCAUAAGUGUUUUUUUUCUGGUAUGAUUGAAAGGAAACAUUAAAAUCUAAUCUAGAAAUUUGCUAAGAGAAGAAUAUUAAAUUGUUCUGCAAAAGUGUGUGUUAAAGUGUGUGCUGCGUGAAAAGGUUUAAUUUAACAACAAAAAAAAUCUAAGACUCCAAGUUGCCCUUUGUGUGGGGGUACUACGAACAGUUCAUUUCUCCCAUUGAUACCACAGUAAAGAGAUAUACAUGCAAAAAUGUGGAUAGAACCGAAAGAACUUUUAAUGCCUUCUGCAUUUUGGAUUGUCGAAAAACGCUCCAAAUAUUUCGUCCUACAAAAGCGGCGUGGACAUGGCGAAACACGUGGCUUUGGAUCUUUGCUGGUGAACACCUUUGACAGUGUGUUCGAUACCAAACCCGCACCAUACCGCAUUGUACACCAGACGCCCAACUCUGAAGUGUUUUAUGAAAUUGCAAUUGGGGUCACCGAAGAAGAGAUAUACAAAGAUUGGGACUGGUUGUCGAAAAAUCUUUUCAAAGUCUUAAACGAGGAAAUGGAAUGCGAAGAAGAGAUAACAAACUUCACCAUCUGCAAAAUAAAGUCGUUAUACACUCAAAAUAACCAAGAUGAGUCGGGCGAUUCAGCUGACUUUAAAAUCAAUCAAUCGAAAUUUCGACAAUAUUUCAAUAUGCCUGAGGAGGAACAAUUGGUGAAUUACUAUACCUGCACAUACAUCAAGAAUAAAAUACCCCGUCAAGGUCAUUUGUAUAUCUCCCUAAAUCAUGUGAGCUUUUAUUCCUACAUGCUGGGCCAAGAGACCAAGAUAAGCAUACGAUUUACCGAAUUGGAAGAGCUGUCUCGUUAUGGCAAUACCAUAUUCUUGAAGACGAACAAUAAAAUGCAAUAUAAUUUCAUCGUCUUGUCAGGCCAUGUGGAGGCCUAUGAGCUGAUCGAGCAAUUGAAUAAAAUGGCCAUUCAACGCAUUAUUCAGGAUCCCGAUAGCCCCAUUAUUGAUCAUGAGUCCUCGCUAUUGCACCGAUUUGGACGGAACUCAUCGAAAAAACCGAUUUUAUGCCGUGACCUGACUGCCCGUCAAAAAUCCGAAGAGUAUCGCAUGUUCUUUCGAUUGCCACAAACGGAAAUAAUAGAUGGAACAAUAAAAGCAAAUUUAUGGACGCCAUAUGCAAAACGCUAUGUACCCGGCAAUAUAUAUCUGUCAACCAAUUUCUUUUGUUUUGCCAGUGAUACCAGAGGAUUCGUCAGUGUCGUUAUACCCCUGAAAGUGAUCAAGAGUGUUGAGAAGAAAGACGAUGGUGGUCAUCGUUACGAAAAUCAAAUUGUUAUAACAUCGUCCGAGAAUGUACCCUUUGUGUUUGCUCAAAUUGUGGAUCGUGAUGUUUUAAUAACAAAAAUCACAAGUCUACUAUCCAAAUUUCAUGUUCCCAAUAAUCGUGAACGCCCAAAAUACGAUAUAUCGUGGACCAAGCAGUCAGCAUUGAUCAAUACAUUCAAAACGCAGUUUUCAACGGCAAUGCAACAACAACAAGACCAGAAACUAUCCCGUUGGGAAUCACAUUUUCGGGAUUAUGGGCGCGGCAUUUCCAUGUUCCGUACGACAGAUGUGAUCAAUCUUAUAGUCGAUGGUAUACCGGAUAAACUGCGUCAGGAAAUCUGGUUGAUAUUUUCGGGUGCCAUACACGAGAGGGAUAUGCAUCCGGGUUUGUAUGAGGACUUGGUGGAAAAGGCCGCCUGUAUUAAGCAAUCAGGGACUCAUGAUGAAAUUGAGCGAGACUUAAAACGCUCCCUGCCCGAACACGCUGCCUUUCAGAGUGAAGAGGGCCUGGGUGCAUUGAAGCGGGUUCUGCAGGCGUACGCUUUGCGCAAUCCCCAGGUGGGUUAUACACAGGGCCUGAAUAUAAUAACCUCUGUAUUUUUGCUGUUUUGCGAUGAGGAAAAUGCCUUUUGGCUGCUAGCCAGCUUGUGCGAAAGUCUAGUUCCCGAUUACUACAAGGGUAAUGUGGUCGGAGCCCAGAUCGAUCAACGGGUCCUCAAUGAACUGAUUAAGAUGUAUUUGCCCGAGCUACACGAGCAUUUGGAUAACUUGGGCACAAUCAAAAUGAUCACAAUAUCCUGGUUCCUUACGAUAUUCAUCAGUGUGAUUUCAUAUGAAAGCUCUCUGCACAUCAUUGAUUGUUUCUUCGUGGAUGGCGCUAAGAUUAUUUUCAUAGUUGCUUUACAAAUUCUCGAAUGGAAUAGGGACCUACUUUUGGACUGCCAUGAUGAUGGUGAAUCUAUGAUAUUGCUGUCGAAAUUCUUACAAGGAAUCUACAAUCCAGAUUAUCCUUCCCCGCCGCAUUAUGAAAAGGGAAAGUGUAGACGCACACAGACAGUUCAAACUCUGAUCCAUGAAGCCUAUACGAAAUUUGGAGACAUAACCUUGCAAAAAAUUGAGGAGCUGCGAAAUAAGCAUCGUCGUUUGACAAUGCGCAAGUUUGAUUUGGAUAACGAGAACACGAUUGUCAAGUUCCAUGCGGGGAAUCCUUACUUCGAAAAGGACGAACUGCGACUUCUGUUGGGUAUUAUACGCGAAGAGAAGAUGGCCUUUCGCAAAGCCCAUUUACAGAAAUUGCAAGCACAGGUGGGAGAAUCUCCCAUUUUGUUGCCGUCCGCUUCUCCCUCCCACCACCGGCUGGGUUUCAGUGAAGGCAAUUGCAGCCGUUCCGAGGCCUACGGUGUAGAUUUCGACACAUUCCGAGUACUCUUUUACGAACUUACACCCUGGAAUACCUGUGUGACUGUGGAUCUGGCCGAAAAGCUAUUCAGACUGACAGAUAAGAAGAGCACCGGCACCCUGGAAUUUGCACAAUUUAUAAAUGCCUUGGGUUUGGUGUGCUCCACCAAAUACACUGAGAAACUCAAACUCCUAUAUAUCCUGCAUUUACCGCCUCUUUUGUCCAAGGUUGAGAUCGAACAAGUUCGUAAGCCCAAAACCAAAACUAAAGACGAUGCUGAGGAGGCCAUAGAGGCGGAGGACUUCUUUGAGGAAGAAGCUUCCGAAUCCAUUGAAGCACUGCCUUCUCCUACGGACAACAACUUCGAUGAGAACGAUUAUGCCUUAAUAACAGCCACGCAAAGGUUGCACUCGAUGGUGGGUAUAUCGGGAAGCACUUUCAUGGACAUUUUGCGGCCACCCAAUAACACAUCUGGUAACUCGAAUGCAUCUUCAAUGGCGGUAAAUGCCAGAACCUCGACAUUUUACGUUGAUCUGUCGGAAGAUGAAAUAAGCAUACCCGGCGUAAGCGGAGGUAUGGGUGGCAAUGGCGCUGCCACAGUGGGCGGCGGAGCAAGUUCGCACAAUGGAUCCGCAGCGGCGGCCCUCUCGCCCUUGCAACAGCAGGGUCGCUUCGAGUCCAUUGACACCUUCUCGGAUAUUUCGGAUCUAGGUGUGGCCAAAGUGACACCUCCUCAGCUGAAUGUCGAGACCAUAUCGAAUUUCUCUCAAAUAAGUGAUUUGUGUUUGCCCUCAAAUGUUGGAAAAAUGGAACGCACAGACUCCAAUACAGAUACCAAAAGUCUUGGGAGUUUACGGGCUCUUCUGGAUCAGCCAGAUGGUGGUGGUUCGCACCAGAGAAACAUACCCAAUAUGAAAAAAGCCAAUUUCCAAAUACUCUGGAGGAGUAUACAUGAAAUACUUGGAAAAACAGACAGUGAUAUGACCAUGGCCUAUGAAAACCUUCUGGAACUAGGCAAUUGCAAUUUAAAAAGGGAUUCCAGCCUCGAAAGUUUUACUCAAUUGAACCUGGCUGCGAAUGAAGAGCCCGAUUCGAAUGGUAACCCCACAACACCCUGUGAACCGCCCAGCACAACAAAACUUUUUCUGGAUCUAGAAGAGGAGUUGCGACAAGCUCGAGGAGAAACGACAACGUCCACAAGCCAAAAGGCCAGCAAAAACUCCAGCAGUAACAACAGUUCUGAUGCCUACGACGACUGCUGGGAGAUAUCGAUCAAUCAGUUUAUAGCCACUGUCCUCACCAUUAGAUCCAUCUAUAAAGGUUUCAAGACCCGAACUCCCAUAAAGGAGAACAUUGAGAAAAUGCAAAAGAAUAGACGAAAAUGUAUUACAUCGACCUACUGAAAAUGUGUUUAAUUGCAGAUUUAAAUACAAACACCACACAUAUACCUACGACCUAGCAAACAAAAAGUUAAAUAGAUGAAAAAAAAAUGUCAAUGUUUCUGAAACAAAAAAUAAUCUCUGAGCCAACGGUCAUUCCAUGUCCUAUAAAUCUUUUUGGUUAACAAGAUCAUCGUCAAUACUGUUUUUAAGGUGCUAUGAAAUUGUUAACUUCCUUCACUUUCGAGGCAAACAAAAAUCCUACCUGCAAAGUUCUCCACUAUUCGGUUGGAUUCUUUUCUUUUUUGCACUGUACAUAAGGAUAUUUUUGAUUUUAACUCUCGAAAUUAUCGAACUGUCGACAACUUUUCUUUCUUUCAAAGAAACAUUCGCUUCGACAUGGAACAAUGGCUUUGCAACAUGCAAUUAUAUUUUAUAUAGUCUUUUUAAUUAAAAAUUAGCUUUAAAUUUUCUCCCAAAUGUUAUUGCUUAACUCCUCGUAUGUUCUUUUCCGGUAUACAAGUAAUUAGAUUUUUUUUCCACUGUGUAAUUCAAUGAUUUAAAAACAAAUUUUUAUAUCAAAUUAUUAUACAUACAUAUUACAUGCAACAUAGUGUCAACGCCCCCCCUCUGAUAUUCAGUUUACCUGGUUAUUGUAUUUUACAUGCAUUAUAAGAACAAACCGAGUCCUUUAGAGUCUUUCCCAAAAACAAUGGCGUAUACAAAAUAUUCAAUACCACUAUUAUUCAGAAUGCUAUACAAUAAAAACAAAAACAACAACAAAAUCAAUCUAUAAAAUAAAUGUUGAAAAUAUAUGCCAA